AAACAAGCAAGAUCUGGCUGGAGGAUGAAGAAAAAUGUUGUCGACGGCUAGAAGAAGAAGAAGACGACGACUUGGCCUGGCGGUUGAACCGAUUCGGCCGACUGAAACCGAUUCAGUGUUGAACCGGCCAGUUGGAUCCAAUUUUCAAUGUUUAUACGUUCAAACAAUAUUAUAUGUUUAUAUGUUAAUCAUCAAAUUGUAUGAAUAUUAUAUGUUCAUACCGUUGAAUCUCGAUCCAGACGAUGAUGUUAUACCCAAAACAUGGGACCUGCUUUCAUGGCCGAGAAUUCGCAUUAUAUUUUUGUCGAAUUCUUCUCCAAAAACUCUCUCUCUCUGAAAACAUGGCUUCCACCACCAAAGACGUAGCUUCAGAGCUCGAAACAGUGCUCAGAGUUUACAGAGAUGGCACCGUCGAGAGACUUCUUGGUUCGCCCUUCGUCCCACCAUCGCCCCAAGACCCUACCACCGGCGUCUCUUCCAAAGACAUCGCCAUCUCCCCGAAAGUCUCCGCUCGCCUCUAUCUGCCACCCCUCACCGCGGCCGCCACCCUCCGGAAGCUCCCCAUCUUAGUCUACUUCCACGGCGGCGGCUUCUGCAUCGAGUCUCCUUUCUCCGCUCUCUGCCACCGCUACAUCACCAACGUCGUCUCUCGCUCCAACGCCCUCGCCGUCUCCGUCGAUUACCGCCUCGCGCCAGAGCACCCUCUCCCCGCAGCUUACGACGAUUCCUGGGCCGCUCUCCAAUGGGUUGCAGCCCAUUCCGGCGAAGGCUUCCAAGGCCAGGACCCAUGGCUGAUCAGUCACGGAGACUUCGAAAGAGUCUAUAUAGGCGGUGACAGCGCCGGAGCCAAUAUUGCACACAACAUGGCCAUGAGAGCCGCCACCGAGAAUUUGAAGAUGAGAAUCUACGGAGCUUUUCUCUGCCACCCAUACUUCUGGGGCUCAAAGCCCUUGGGUUCCGAAUCGGUUCCACUUCACGAGAAAACCUUGUCCUACAAGACAUGGACAUUCGUGUAUCCAAAUUCUCCGGGCGGGAUAGACAAUCCGAUGGUGAAUCCGCUCGCCGGAGAUGCUCCGAACUUGUCGCGGCUCAAGUGUUGCCGGCUGCUCGUCUGCGUGGCCGCCAUGGACGAGCUAAGGGAGAGAGGCGUCGGGUAUCACGCGGCAGUGAAGGGAAGCGGGUGGGUUGGGGAAUUGGAGCUCUGCGAGGUUAAAGGAGAGGGCCAUGGCUUCCAUAUCCUGUCUCCUGAAUCUGAUAACGCUGAGAAGAUGAUCAAACGAUUGGCUGCUUUUCUUCUUUGAUGAUCAAACGGUUGUAAUUAAAAACGAAAGAUACCUGUCAUGGACAUGCAUAUAUACAAACUACAUGUACGCACGUACGUAUGAAAGAUGUUUGUAUUAUUAAUUCGCUUUUUAGAAAAGAUAAAAAUAAAAUAAAAUAAAUCUUACCCAGUUUAGUUAGUUCUUUGUAUUUUAUUUUUGUAAAUAUAAUCUAUGUUUGGUGGUGGUUUGUCCUUGGCUUCUAAAUUAAACAAAAUAUUAUGUAGUAGUUCA